AUGGUCUACUACUUUACCUCCAAGGCCGUGGAUCCGGCCGCCUUCAUCUACGUCGGCAAGGACAAGUUCGAGAAUGAGGAACUGAUCAAGUACGGCUGGGAGGAGGAUGUCUGGUUCUUCCACGCCGACAAGCUCUCCUCGGCCCACAUCUACCUCCGGCUCCCGGACCCCAAGGACGCCUCGGUCGAGAGCCCGAUGACCUGGGACGCCAUCCCCGAGCCCCUGCUCGUCGACCUCGCCCAGCUCACAAAGGCCAACUCCAUCGAGGGCAACAAGAAGGACAACGUCACCGUCAUCUACACCCCCUGGUCCAACCUCCGCAAGGACGGCAGCAUGGAGGUCGGCCAGGUCUCUUUCAAGGACCCGCGCAAGGUCAAGAAGAUCCUCGUCCCGCAGCGCGAGAACCCCAUCGUCAACCGCCUCAACAAGACGCGCGUCGAGCGCAAGCCCGACCUCCAGCAGGAGCGCGAGGACAGGCUCAAGGAGCUGCGCAAGAGGGACCAGGCUGCCUCGCUCGCAAGGAAACGAGAAGAGGCCCGCAUCGCCCAGGAGCGCAAGGAGAAGAAGUGGCAAAAGGAUCACGCCUACGACGACAUCUUCACCGAGGAGAACAUGGAGUCCACGAGCAACCAGAACCGCGACCCCGACUGGGAGGACGACUUUAUGUAG